CUUAAAGAGGUAGCAUGCUCCUCAAGCAAACUUUAGCCAAAGUCCAACAAAAGAAUCAUCUAUGGCAACUUAAACAGACUGCCAAAGCAGGUUCGAUUCUACGUUGAGGAAAAUGCCAAAGUGUGUCAACCAGAGGCAAUCCACAUCUGCGAUGGGUCAGAAAAGGAGAAAGAUCUCUUGCUUUACAUUUUGCAGAAGGAAGGAACUAUCAAACCUUUACCUAAAUAUGAGAACUGCUAGAGUUGAGAGUAGGACCUUCAUUUCAACAGAGGAGAGACAAGACACAAUCACACAGACAAAAGGAGGUGUGAAGAGCAUGCUUGCCAACUGGAUGUCCCCACAAGACAUGGAGGAGGCUUUGCACGCUAGGUUUCCUGGCUGCAUGAUGGGCCGCACGAUGUACAUGAUCCCUUUCAGCAUGGGGCCAGUGGGGUCCCCCCUGUCCAAGAUCGGUACUGAGCUUACAGACUCCGCGUGCGUGGUUGCCAGCAUGGGCAUUAUGACGCGCAUUGGACAGAAAGUGCUGGACACCCUAAAGGAAGGCGAGUGUGUGAAGUGCCUGCACUCUGUUGGCAAGCCAGUGACAAGUACAGGUGUUGCUGAUGGUAUCAAAGAAUCCUGGCCGUGCAAUCCCAAGGAUGUCAUGAUUGCACACUUACCUGAGAGAAACGAGAUUUGCUCUUUCGGCAGUGGCUAUGGUGGAAACUCGUUGCUAGGAAAGAAAUGCUUUGCUCUCAGACUUGGUUCCAUCCUUGCCCGAAGAGAAGGCUGGUUAGCAGAACACAUGCUGAUUAUGGGAGUUGAAAACCCCAAGGGUGAGAAGAAAUACUUUGCAGCUGCUUUCCCGAGUGCUUGUGGCAAGACUAACCUGGCCAUGAUGGAACCAACAUUGCCUGGGUACAAAGUCACUUGUGUGGGGGACGACAUUGCCUGGAUGAGGUUUGACAAGAAUGGACAACUGCGAGCAAUCAACCCGGAGGCAGGAUUCUUUGGGGUGGCCCCUGGAACGUCCAUGACGACCAAUCCUAAUGCCAUGAGGAAAGUAAUGAAAAACACGAUCUUUACGAAUGUUGCUGAGACAAGCGAUGGAGGGGUGUACUGGGAGGGGAUGGAGGAUGAACUUCCGGACAACGCAACGAUCACAUCAUGGCUUGGAGAGGAAGAAUGGAGCAAGUCCACGGAGAAACCAGCUGCUCAUCCGAACUCUAGAUUCUGCACCCCUGCAGGUCAGUGUCCCAUCAUUGAUGAGCAGUGGGAGAGUCCUGAGGGAGUCCCAAUAGAGGGCAUUAUCUUUGGUGGGCGUCGCCCAGAAGGCGUGCCCCUUGUGUAUGAGGCCUUUGACUGGAAUCAUGGUGUAUUUGUUGGUGCUGCUCUGGAAUCUGAAGCCACUGCUGCUGCAGAACACAAAGCCAAAGUUGUCAUGCAUGAUCCAUUCGCAAUGCGGCCUUUCUUUGGCUACAACUUUGGCCACUACUUGGACCACUGGCUUAGCUUCCAGCACAACAAUAAGCUGAAGCUGCCAAAGGUGUUCCACGUCAACUGGUUCCGCAAGGGUCCCAAAGGGUUCCUGUGGCCCGGCUUUGGCGAGAACUCCCGUGUCUUGGAUUGGAUGUUCCGUCGUGUGAAUGGCGAAGACUGUGCCAUAAAGUCUGCAGUUGGACUCAUCCCCGUGCCAGGGUCCAUAGAUCUGUCCGGCCUUAAGGAAGAGGUGGAUAUGGACGAGUUGUUUCGACUGCCAAAGAAUUUCUGGCAGUCAGAAGUCAGAGAACUGAAAAACUACUUUGAGGAACAGGUCGGUGAAGACCUGCCUGUCAAUAUCCAGCGGGAGCUUCAAAUGUUGGAACAGAGAGUGCAGUCUGAGUUGUAACUUCGACUUGAACAGCAGCACUAUCUAGGCUUAAUUGGCAUAGUCAAGUGAAAAAAAAUUGGGGGUACUAAGGGUAGGUUACUUUUUUCCGAGGUUUUUUCUCUCUGACAUUGGAUUCACAUUAAUAUACAUAUGUUGCAAUAUGUUUUUUAAAGAGCUUUUAUAUUCAUAUUCAGCCUAUGUUUGGUACUUGAAAGGUGGGAUGUUCAAAGUGAACUUACAGGUGCUGAGAUAAUUUUGUUGAUUGACCCACAUUCACCAGAUCGAUUUUCAUAGAUUUGUUAUAUGAAUGAUGGGAUAAGACGGAGUAUCAAUUUUAUGUGACCAACAUAUCACAUUGCUCAACAUUGUUCUUUGUCUAAAAUUUCAGACCAUAGUUAUUUUGGUGAUAUAUCAUGUAUGGUUGAGUUUUAUCUGGACAUUUUCAUGAACAAUGAGAGGAUGUAGCCACAAUGGCUUUAAAUGGCAUGUGUGUCUAAGAUAUUGUACGUCGAUCAACAGAAUUUCAAAAAGACUUGUGUACUUAUGCACUUGUCUUCAUAGUUCAUGAUAUUAUGUUUUGUGAUAACUAUGAAACUAUUUUUGAAAAUCUCUUGGUGUCCUCUCUCUGCAUUUAAGAGUUAUUUUUUUCUUGUGUGUCUGCUGUCUAUUUUACUCCGUGAUGAGUGAAUUUUUUUAAGCACACCUGUGAUGGAUUUUACCAUUUGUGAAGCGGACUUAAAGCAAGCCUUUUGCCUGCAAGAAUUCAUUCAAAAUGUUAUCAUAAUUAAAAUCAGUUUUGAUCUAUUUGAUUGUUAGAAA